CAGUGACUUAUAAUAUAUAAUUUGAGGUUAUAUUAUGUUCACCUAAAACGUUAAAAGUAAAAAAGUAAAGUGUAAACAACUCUCACUCAAAAUGUUUACUAGAAAUUUAAGAGUCUUUUUUCGUCGUUAUUCACAAACUUGUACCUUCAGGACUUCAGAAUUAUCACCUGCACAGCACAGUGAAAAUCAAAUAGGUUUAUUUUAUACAAUUGACAAAAAUUUAUGCAAGCAACUGUUCGGACAUGGUGGAUUACCAAAAAGUUACAUGAAGCAGACAAAAACGUUCACCGAAACAACUCUGAUGGUACGACUGCCUGCUCUUGAUGUAAUUAACUGCAUCAAGAACACGGAUUUCGAUAAACCAGCCGUCAGAUAUGUGUUAUAUGGGGAAAAAGGCGCUGGCAAGUCACUCACUAUGGCCCAUCUGUUACAUUACGCUCAUGAACAAGAAUUUCUUAUCGUUCAUGUUCCCUGGGUAUCAGAGUGGUUAAGGAGAGUACCGCGUCACAAGGAGAUGGCUAACUCACCAACAAAGGAGGGUUUCGUAGACCUUCCAUUGGAUGCUGCCGCUUGGCUUUUACAUUUUAAGACACAGAACCAAACGUUACUGAAAAAUCCAGAUCUAAAAAUAUCCAAAGAGUACACUUGGAGUAAAAGAGAGUCAACAUCUGAAGGGGCUCCUCUAUUAGAGUUAGUGGAGCUGGGCAUCGCCAGAGUAAAAUAUGCCUGUGACGUUAUAGAUGCUCUUGUACAUGAGAUCAAAUUGCUGUCAAACAAUAAAUGCUGUAAGACAUUUGUAGCCAUAGAUGGGUUUAAUAGUUUCUUCUAUCCCCUAACGAGACUCAGGACACCCACCAAGAGAACCGUGUCACCUGAAGAAGUUAGUCUAACUACAUCCUUCUUGACAUUGACCAAAAAUGACUGGACCAACGGUGUUGUUGUGGUGACAGCCGAUCAACUAGCAGUGCCCGAAGAUCACCAGGAGAGCUAUUUACCGAAAUAUCUCCUUUAUAAAAAGGGUUUUGAACACUUGGACCCGUUUGUGCCUAUUGAGGUGGGCAGAUAUAGUGAACGAGAAUUCCUGACUUGUGCCAGUUACUACAGAGACAGGCUUUGGCUUAGAGGACCAUCGGAGUUAGAAGAUGAGCUCAAGUUCACCAGCGCAUGUAAUCCUUACAAAUUUAUGGAGCUGUGUGCACCAUUAUAAAUAAAAAGUGUAUAGUUUGCUUUAAUUAAACAGUAGUAAAAUUGAUUUAUUGAAAA